AAAAGAUCGGUAUUUUGUGCUUUUGGUUAGGGUUUUUUUCUUGCAGGAAUCAAGGGAAAGCCCUUACCCAGCAGUUCCAGCCUGUAGGUUACAAAAUUAUUGGGUCUGCCCGUUCUGUGUAUAACUGUCUGAAUCAUUGAAAAAGAACAUGUUGAACCAUGUCAAAUGCCAAAUGCCGAUGCUAAUGCAUUUUUUACUUAAAAAAAAAAGGGCAAACAAGACAGCAAUAUAUAGAUUCGAGUAAUAUGGACGUGCCAUAUAUUAAAUAAGCUUAUGCUGGAACACUGGGGAGAAGAUAGGCGCCAGCUUUCCCGAGUUAGAGGAGGAGGGCGUCCUGGCACGGCGCUAUCACCUAACCGAGGCCUCUGGGCUGGCCACGCCCCCGUGCCGGGGCCGCCGUACGUAAUGUGUGACGUCCUGGCCACGCCCCUCCGGCGCUUCUAGUGACGCGGUCGCCGUGGGUUUUUUUGCGCGGGAAAAGGAGGCAGUUCGGGGCGCUGGAAGUGCUGCCGGCCCGGCAGUUUUUGCGGAGUCUGCAGCUCGCCGCCCGCCCCUGCCGGCCAUGGGGCUGCUGGAGCUGUGCGACGAAGUGUUUGGUACUGCCGACCUUUAUCGAGUGUUGGGUGUGCGGCGCGAGGCCUCGGACAGCGAGGUCCGGCGCGGCUAUCACAAGGUGUCCCUGCAGGUCCACCCAGACCGGGUCGGGGAGGACGACAAAGAAGACGCCACCCGCCGUUUCCAGAUCCUCGGGAAAGUCUAUUCUGUUCUGAGCGACAAAGAACAGAGAGCACUGUACAAUGAGCAGGGAACUGUGGACGAAGAUUCUGAUGUGCUCAACCAAGAUCGGGACUGGGAGACGUAUUGGAGGUUACUUUUUAAAAAGAUAUCUCUAGAAGACAUUCAAGCUUUUGAAAAGACAUACAAAGGUUCUGAAGAAGAGCUGGCAGAUAUUAAACAGGCCUAUUUGGAUUUCAAGGGUGACAUGGAUCAGAUCAUGGAGUCUGUGCUGUGUGUGCAGUACACAGAGGAACCCAGGAUAAGGAAUGUUAUUCAGCAAGCCAUUGAUGCAGGAGAGAUCCCAUCCUAUAAUGCCUUUGUCAAGGAAUCAAAGCAAAAAAUGAAUGCAAGAAAAAGGAGGGCUCAGGAAGAGGCUAAAGAAGCAGAAAUGAGCAGGAAGGAGUUGGGCCUUGAUGAAGGAGUAGAUAACUUAAAAGCAGUCAUUCAGAGCAGACAAAAGGAUCGGCAAAAGGAAAUGGACAAUUUUCUGGCUCAGAUGGAAGCAAAGUACUGCAAACCUUCUAAACGAGGAGGGAAAAAAACGCCUCUCAAGAAAGAAAAGAAAUAAUGGAUUUUUCUCUUCAAAAGCCUUUAGGUGUUAAUUGUGCCUUUACAGGCAAGGGACAGUCAAGAUUUCAAGACAAAAGUCAGUCCUGCCCUUGAGAAAAGUUGUCCUUCCAGCUUAAAUUAUUAGAUCAACUCUGUAAACCAAGCAGAAUCUCUCAACCUGAUUUUAGGAACCCUAGAAAUCCCCUGACAGUCUUUGAGGUCCUGUAUGAAGGAAUCUGGCGGUGAUUUUUGAGGGAACGGGAGAGGGUGGUGUACUCUUGGCAGCACUUGCUUCUGUGGAUCUUCUGUACAAGGAAUUCUUAUCUGGAAUGUGGGUCUGUCCCAAUGUGGCUUGAGCAGUUGUCAUUUUGGCACAGAGGAGUGUGUACACAGCCGCAGAGUACUGGAAGUGAUGUGCGUGUUUAUUAGAACAGUAGGUCUGCCUGGCUAGAAAGCUUUCAAAACACGUGCUGGACAUCUGUCUUUCAGAUAUUUCCGAGUUUACUCUUGGGCUUAAUAUUCUUGAAUAGAUCCCCUUCCCUUUUUGUUUGACUCAGCCACUUUUGUACUCUGCUUGAAGUAUAGGAGAAACAGAUGUUCACAUUACCUCAGGCAUCUUUGUAAGACUUAAUACAUGAUGAAAUAAACAAGUUUAAAAAGAC